AUGGCCGCAACGCCGGAGGACGUCGCGGAGCCCGAGCCCUUCCCCCCCUCGAUCUUCCUCGACCUGCCUCCGACGCCCCAUCCCCAACCCGACGGCGACGGCGAUGACCUGCAGGCCUCGUCGGACGACAUGGUGGUCCCCUUCAUCCGGCGCAUGCUCAUGGAGGAGGAGGAGGACACCGACGACAACAUCUUGUACCAGCAGUACCCCGACCACCGUGCGCUCCUCCUGGCACAGCAGCCCUUCGCACAGAUCCUCUCGGCGGGCUCCACCUCCACUGCGACGCACACGCACGCCGCCGCCAACGACUCUGCUUCCGGCUCGUCGGCCACCACGAACUCCAACGGAGCCCCCGCAUUCGCCAACGCUACCUGGCCAUAUGAUCCAGUCGAGUUCUCCCAGCUGCUCCGCUGUAGGACACGCUCCGGCACGGGAGCCGGACUCGACGGUUUCACCGGCGGUGAUGGCAACGACUCCUUUUCCUCGCCGGGACAAGGCAGAGCCAGUGCGUGCGGCCAGGCCCGCGCGUUCUUCAAUGGCGGCGACACGGCCACCAUCCAGAGCUCGAGCCUCGGAGACGGGGUGGGGGUUACCAUGGACAUGCUCAACCAGGCGUUCCUCAAGGGAAUGGAGGAGGCCAACAAGUUCUUGCCCACCACCACCAUCGCCAUUAUUGGACUCGACGGCGACACGGCGACGCCAUUAUUCAGGGACGGCAGCAUGCUGCUGCCUCGUGUCUUCGCCUUACCCAACACCUACAGUGUGGUGGAUGGCAGAGUGAGCGGCAGAGGCUGCAAGAACCGGCACGACUGGGAUGACAUGGACGACGACGCCGAGACCGGCAGGAGGAGCAACAAGCUGCUGGCACCUGAGCCGGAGGAGAACCGCGAGCAGGUCGACGACGUGUUCGUCAAAGGAUACGAGAUGGCCAUUGAGAAAAUGCAUGGCCUGAGCAUCAGCAACAACAACGGCAGCGCGUCCGACGGGAAAGCGAAGAGGAAGUCAGCAGCGCAGGCCAACGAGGCGGUGGACCUGCGCACCUUGCUCACCCACUGCGCGGAGGCCGUGUCCACGGGCGACCGCCGCAGCGCGACCGACCACCUCCGGCAGAUCAGGCAGCGGUCCUCGCCUAGGGGAGACGCCUCACAAAGGCUGGCGCACUGUUUCGCCGAGGCGCUCGAGGCGCGGCUCGCCGGCACGGGGGCGCAGGUGCACAGGUCGCUCGUGGCGAGGCGCACCUCGUGUGGUGUGAACUUCCUCAGGGCCUACAAGCUGUACCUGGAGGCGUGGAAGGAUCGGGACGGCGGGCCGCCGGAGGUGAGGAUCACGAGCAUCGACCGGCCGCAGCCCGGGUUUCGUCCGGCUGCUCGGAUCGAGGUGACCGGGCGCCGGCUCAGUGACUUCGCUCGCCGGCGUGGCGUUCCGUUCAGGUUCCGAAGCGUCGUCGCGUCGAAGUGGGAGAUGGUUUGCGCCGACGACAUGGACAUCGAGCCUGACGAGGUGCUCAUCGUCAAUGGCCUGUUCCAUUUCGGGAAGCUGAUGGACGAGGGCGUCGACAUUGACAACACAAGCCCUAGGGAUAUGAACAGCUCGUACAAUGCGCCGUUCUUUGUGACGCGGUUCCGGGAGGCGCUGUACUACUACUCAGCGAUGUUUGACAUCAUGGAUGCAACGACUCCACGGGACAACGAAGAACGCUUGCUGGUUGAGCAGGACAUCCUGGGGUGUUGUGUCCUGAAUGCCAUUGCCUGCGAGGGCUCCGAAAGGGUGGAGCGUCCCAAGACAUAUAAGCAAUGGCAGGUGCGAGGCCACCGUGCUGGACUGAAGCAGCUGCCCCUGAAUCCUAAUACGGUGAAGUAUUUGAGUAAGAAGGUGAAGGAUGGCUACCACAAGGACUUUGUGGUCGAUGUGGAUCAACAGUGGCUCCUUCAAGGGUGGAAGGGGCGUAUACUCUAUGCCAUGUCGACAUGGGUUGCAGAUGAUGCUAUCUCACAUAGUUGUAGCCAUCCAUUCAACAAGCACGAUACAUGUUUCUGA